UGUUUGCCUCCACAGUCACGAGGAGGGCUUAGACUUGUCCGGAAGUGUGGGCUGCCGUAAUCGUGACGCUAGACGGAAGUGCAGCACCGUUGGCGCAGGGCUCGCUGGGAAAUGUUGUCCUUUCUGGCUGUCUGGGGCGGUGGCCGCAAGUCCUGCAGACCCGGUGGCCAAUUCGGCGUGCACCAGGGAUGGCUGGGCCGGGUGGCUCUGGGGGCCCGAUCGGGGCCGGGGCCCUGGCAGGUGGGGCGCGCUCCAAGGUAGCUCCAAGUGUGGACUUUGACCACAGCUGCUCAGACAGUGUUGAAUACCUGACGCUCAACUUCGGGCCCUUCGAAACAGUCCAUCGUUGGCGGCGCCUCCCGCCCUGCGACGAGUUCGUGGGUGCCCGGCGCAGCAAGCACACAGUGGUGGCCUAUAAAGAUGCCAUCUAUGUAUUUGGUGGGGACAACGGGAAGACGAUGCUCAAUGACCUCCUGCGUUUCGAUGUGAAGGACUGCUCCUGGUGCAGGGCCUUUACCACUGGUACCCCACCAGCCCCUCGAUACCACCACUCAGCUGUCGUCUAUGGGAGUAGCAUGUUUGUCUUUGGGGGCUACACUGGAGACAUUUAUUCCAAUUCUAACUUGAAGAAUAAAAAUGACCUCUUUGAAUACAAGUUUGCAACUGGCCAGUGGACAGAGUGGAAAAUUGAAGGACGGUUGCCAGUUGCCAGGUCAGCUCAUGGAGCCACGGUGUACAGUGACAAGCUAUGGAUCUUCGCUGGCUAUGAUGGCAAUGCCAGGUUGAAUGACAUGUGGACGAUUAGCCUCCAGGACCGGGAGCUCACAUGCUGGGAGGAGGUGGCCCAGAGUGGUGAGAUCCCACCAUCUUGCUGCAACUUCCCUGUGGCUGUGUGCCGGGACAAGAUGUUUGUAUUCUCAGGACAGAGUGGAGCCAAGAUAACUAACAACCUCUUCCAGUUUGAAUUCAAGGAUAAGACGUGGACACGCAUCCCCACCGAGCACCUGCUCCGGGGCUCCCCGCCGCCCCCACAGCGGCGAUAUGGACACACCAUGGUGGCCUUUGACCGCCACCUAUAUGUAUUUGGGGGUGCAGCUGACAACACUCUUCCUAAUGAACUGCAUUGCUACGAUGUGGACUUCCAGACCUGGGAGGUUGUCCAGCCCAGCUCUGACAGUGAGGUUGGUGGGGCUGAGGUGCCUGAGCGAGCUUCCAAUUCUGAGGAGGCACCCACCCUGACCUCUGAGGAGCGGGGCAGCUUCAAGAAGUCCCGAGAUGUGUUUGGCUUGGAUUUUGGUACCACUUUACCUAAGCAGCCCACCCAGCCAGCAUCAGAGCCAUAUCCUUGCCCACUCCAACCCCACUGCUGGAGACCCUGCCCCACCUGCUCCCCUCUGCCCACUUGUCACCCUUCCCAGCUGCCCAGUGGGAGGCUCUUCCAUGCUGCUGCUGUGAUUUCUGACGCCAUGUACAUCUUUGGGGGCACCGUGGACAACAACAUCCGCAGUGGGGAGAUGUACAGGUUCCAGUUCUCCUGUUAUCCCAAGUGCACGCUGCAUGAAGACUAUGGACGGCUAUGGGACAGCCGCCAGUUCUGUGACGUGGAGUUCGUGCUGGGAGAGAAGGAAGAGUGUGUGCAGGGCCAUGUGGCCAUUGUCACUGCAAGGAGCCGCUGGCUCCGCAGGAAGAUCAUGCAGGCACGUGAGCGAUUGGCCCAGAAGCUGGAGGAGGAGGCAGCUCCUGCUCCCAGGGAGGCCCCUUGUGGAACACGGCUUCCCCUUCUCCGUGUGGCCAUUCGGGAGGCUGAGGCCCGACCCUUUGAGGUUCUCAUGCAGUUUCUCUACACCGACAAGAUCAAGUACCCAAGGAAAGGCCAUGUGGAGGAUGUGCUGCUCAUCAUGGAUGUAUACAAGUUGGCGCUGAGUUUCCAGCUAUGCCGCCUGGAACAGUUGUGUCGGCAAUACAUUGAGGCCUCUGUGGACCUGCAGAAUGUGCUGAUUGUGUGUGAGAGUGCUGCGAGGCUGCAGCUGGGACAGCUCAAGGAACACUGCCUGAACUUCGUGGUGAAGGAGUCCCACUUCAACCAGGUGAUCAUGAUGAAGGAGUUUGAGCGCCUCUCAUCCCCACUGAUUGUGGAGAUUGUGCGGCGGAAGCAGCAGCCACCCCCUCGUACCUCCUCAGACCAGCCCAUGGACAUUGGCACGUCUCUGAUCCAGGACAUGAAAGCAUACCUGGAGGGGGCAGGUGCAGAAUUCUGUGACAUCACUCUACUGCUGGAUGGGCAUCCACGGCCAGCUCACAAAGCCAUCCUGGCAGCCCGCUCUAGCUACUUUGAGGCCAUGUUCCGGUCCUUCAUGCCUGAGGAUGGUCAGGUAAACAUCUCCAUUGGGGAGAUGGUGCCCAGCAGGCAGGCCUUCGAGUCCAUGCUGCGCUACAUCUACUAUGGAGAAGUCAACAUGCCACCUGAGGACUCCCUCUACCUGUUUGCUGCCCCCUACUACUAUGGCUUCUACAACAACCGGCUGCAGGCAUACUGCAAGCAGAACCUGGAGAUGAACGUAACUGUGCAGAAUGUGCUCCAGAUCCUGGAGGCUGCUGACAAGACACAGGCACUGGACAUGAAGCGGCACUGCCUCCAUAUCAUUGUGCACCAGUUCACCAAGGUCUCCAAGUUACCCACGCUGCGGUCACUGAGCCAGCAGUUGCUGUUGGACAUUAUAGACUCUCUGGCCUCACACAUCUCUGACAAGCAGUGUGCAGAGCUGGGUGCUGACAUUUGAGGGCACCACUGGUGUCAAACCAGCAUGGAAAAUGAUGCCGGAUUGCUUGACCAUUGCUCUGGCCAUUCAUGUACCUGCAGUACCAGUGGAGUCCAGGAUCAGUGUGGUCAGAACCUCCAAAUGGAACUCAGCAGGUGCAGGGGACCCCAAAUGCCUAAUUUCAUCAAUGUGGACAAAGGGCUCAUAGGGCUGGAAUAGUGAAGUAGAUCCCUUUUUAAGCUGCUACUUUUUCCUGGGUGGGAGGCCAGGAUUCUUAAGUGACUGGAAUACUACAGGAGACAGGGGACCUGGGGACCAACCAGUAAUGGGGAGACUAGAAAAGUAGCUCCAGAGCUGGGCAUGGGCUUUGGGAGAUAGCCAGGCCCUGUGGUCCUAUGGAUUCAGGCAUAAAGUCCUGUUGUACAGGUCCCUCUCACAUGGUGAAGGGGACUUGGCAGAAUUACUGUGGCAUAAGGGAGUCCUCCUACAUAAGGCCCCACAACACUCUCAAGUAUUUCGUGUAAGGAGUCCCUCUGCCCCCCAGGAGCUUGUGAAUACAGACCAAUGACAGGAGGUUCGCUCUGUCUCCAGAGAUUAAUUUUGGAGUGAUGAGCCCAGAGGUCAGUUCCCAGUCAUGCUGGGCUGGGCCUGGCUUCCAGAGGGGUUGCAGAUUCCCAGCUCAUCUCUGUGUACAUCUGGGCAAAGGAGAAGUCAGCAGAGAUGUCCCCAAGUAUUUAUUCUGUCAUGGACAUGCCUCCAGUAAAGCCAAAGCAGUGCUACCUACACGUGCCAAGCUGGCAUAGUCUCCAACACUGGUCUGUGGUUCUCAGCCUCUGUGCCCUCCCACAGUGCAGCAUAGGCUGUGUGGCAGCCUGAUGGCUUGGCUGACCCCCAGACACAGGUUCAGUCAAUUUUGCCUCUCUAUCCACAACUCCCUGACACCACCUGGUGUCACCCAUUCAUAAGGUGGAAAAAAAUAUAGGAGGUAUUCAGAUGGACCCCUCCCUGAGAGCCCAGCAGUAAGGUUUCUCUUGUCUCCUGCACAUCUCUGUUGGAUCCCAAGGAAGACUCUCCCCUCUUGCCUGGGCAAGGAGCUGAGGAAAGAUCAGAGAAUUCUCCUGUCACCCAAAAUUACAACCUAUAUCAAUCCAUUCUGAUGAAGGAGGUUCAGUUGUGCUUUUCCAGGAACCAGAAUGCAUUGUGCUGUCUCUGGAAGCCAGAAUACACCUUGGGGCAUCUUUUCUCUUUCUGGCCUUAGAGCACAUUUCUUCCUUCUGGUUGAGCUCCACCUAGAUAUGACCCUACCAUAGGGCCCCAAGUGGCUGCAAGUAGGUGGAGGUGGGGUAUCCUUAGCCAGGUGUAGCAGAUCCAUAAAACCAGACACCUGGAAAGGGACCUGGUGCAAGAUGAGCAGGGAAAUGAAGGCGGUGUGGAGCAGAAACUGAAGAAGGUGACUGAGCUGAGGGGCAGUCCCUAUGAAGAAGCAGCAGGCUAGAAUUGAGAAGGGGUAGCCUGGGUUGGGCAAUAAGGCCAGGUAUAAAUGACUCAGUGUGCCACUGAGUGACCUGCCAAGUUUCCACCAGACUUAGGCCUAUCACACCCCCAGGGCAGCCUCAGCCAACCCUGUCUUGGAAAGGCAGGCCUGAAGGCCUCAUUUAAACCCUGCUCUAUGCAGACCCUUGUUAACUGGACCGUUGAGUAUUUCUUCCAGACAAGAUAUGAAUAAAUUAAAUAAAUAAAAGCAAAUUUGA